AGUUUCGUUAUUUAUUCACUGAUAAAUUGUUUAUUGUAUGAAUUCCAUUAGCUAUUUGUAUUUUUGUUCAGAUAAUAAUUAUUAGUAAAAGAACGCCACGUAAGCUAAUGAAUCAGAAUAAUAUACGAAGUAUUGUGCAUAGUCCGUUUGUAAUCCAUUUAAACUUCGAGAAGACUUGGUUAACUUGUAACAUCCAACAAUAAAUAUGUGCGGUUCUGAUAAGAAACUGGGUGAUAUCCGGGCUCUCAUACUCGUUGGGGGCUAUGGUACGCGCCUCAGGCCCUUGACGUUGAGUAGACCUAAACCACUUGUGGAAUUCGCUAAUAAACCUAUUCUAUUGCAUCAGAUUGAGGCUUUAGUGGACGCAGGAGUAACCCAAGUUAUUCUAGCAGUCUCCUACAGAGCAGAGGACAUGGAGAAAGAGUUAACGGAGCAAGUGUCCAAACUUGGUGUGACUCUCACAUUUUCCCAUGAGACAGAACCUCUGGGCACAGCCGGGCCUUUGGCAUUAGCUCGUGAAUUGCUCAGUGUAAGCCCUGAGCCGUUCUUUGUGCUGAACUCUGAUGUUAUAUGUGAAUUUCCAUUCAAAGAGCUGGCUAAAUUCCAUAGAAGUCAUGGAAAGGAAGGGACCAUAGUUGUCACAAAAGUAGAAGAACCAUCCAAGUAUGGUGUGGUAGUGUACAAAGAAAAUGGUGAAAUUGAACAGUUUAUUGAAAAACCACAAGAGUUUAUAUCAAACAAAAUUAAUGCAGGCAUGUACAUACUUAAUCCGUCAGUCCUUGAUAGAAUACAGUUGCAACCAACUUCAAUAGAAAAAGAGGUGUUCCCGUUUAUGGCUAAGGAUCAACAGUUGUAUGCUAUGGAGUUGCAAGGUUUCUGGAUGGAUGUAGGGCAACCAAAGGAUUUCUUAACAGGCAUGUGCCUAUACCUAAAUAGUCUGCGGCAGAAGGACUCGGACAUGCUGCAUGUAGGAGGCGGUGUGGUGGGCAACGUGAUAAUUGACCCAACUGCUACCAUUGGCAAGGGGUGUCGGAUAGGCCCCAAUGUGACCAUAGGACCUAAUGUAGUUGUGGAAGACGGUGCGUGUAUAAAGCGUAGUACAAUCCUUCGAGGCGCAUGCGUGCGUCAACACGCGUGGCUCGACAGCUGCAUCGUCGGCUGGAGGUCCGUUGUAGGACGCUGGGUCAGAAUGGAGAACUGCACUGUACUGGGCGAAGACGUUAUAGUGAAAGACGAACUCUAUAUCAACGGGGGCCAGGUCCUCCCGCACAAAUCCAUCGCGUUAUCUGUGCCCGAACCACAGAUUAUAAUGUAGGAGUGACAGACAAACCACAGAUAAUAUUUAAAUACCAUCACACCAAGAUAUAUUUAAUACAGAUAACAGAUGCUAGAAAAAACAGAUUGUGAGUUACAUUGUAAAGUGCCGGAUAAGAAUGAAGACCUGUUUACUGUACAGUACUGGGCGAAAACGUUUUAGGAAACUUUAUUAUAUCAAUGGGGAGCAAUCUUGGACGAAUAUACCAUCGUCCAAGGUUGCUUCCUUUUCUCCUGCACAAGUCCAUUAUGUUACCUGUGCCUGAACCACAGAUGUUGGACUGACAGAUGAACCAU